AUGCCUCUACCGCGCCGCCAAAACUCAGCAUCCGCAGACGAGGCCUGGCAGGUCCUCGUACUGCGAGCCACGCAAUGGCAGCACCUGCGGCCAGAAAAGGCGUGGCGGCCCAUCAUCUCGCUCGCUCUUGAUGCGCCUUCGUUCUCCGCGUCCAACGCUCAUGAUCUACUCCUCGGCGCCGACGGCCAAAAUCCGAAUCUGCGGAUACCAGCUGUGCUUCCUCCCGACACGCAUAGGCGCUCGACAUUAGUCCUGAGCGUACACUAUCAAGCAUCGGGCAAAAGCACUGGCAAAGGCCGUAAACGCCGACGGUUACUUGGGUCCACGAAACUUCCACUCUGCGAUGCGCUGGAAAGGCAGGCCGGCGCGGUAGACCGGUGCUGUGAGGUUAAAGUUGCGCCUGGUCUUGGAGCUGGAGGAAAGAAGAAGGGAAGUGGGAAUGGGGUCAGGAUGAUGAGCGUGUUCUUGAGGGUGCGCCCGCCGAUGGAGAGCGCCGGCGAGGGGAGUGAGACGCUUGUUGAGUCGCGCAACGAGUCUCCAUUCGCGGAUAGUACCGACUCGGGCGCCACAGACUCAGAUGCAGACUCAGUCGCUGGGCCCAGUGAUGUCGAACGUCCACCACUCGACCUAUCACCACCUUCAGGCCUACGCCAUCGCAAGCGGCGCAAAGUCAAGGGUUUCUUCUCAGACGACGAGUCCUGUUCAGUUUCCUGCUCAGACUCGGACUCCGACGGCCCUUCUCCCCGUACCCCUACAUCUACCCGCUCCCGCUCUCGUACACGCUCGCGUUCAGCUUCACGCGUCAAAAAUGGAUUGCUCGAGCCCGAAUUCAUCGAAAUGGAAGUCUACCCUGAUCAGAUCUCGCCGUCGCUUCUCCCGCGUGUGAAUACUGUCACCUCGACGACAUCAGUCCAGUCCCGUCUAUCCGUGGCUUCGGUAUCGUCAAGGCUCAGCGGGGCGUACGACGCGGUUACUUACUACCGCGAACUACGCGAGGCAAACCACGAUGCACUGGUUGAGGCCGUACUAGCUCGGCUUACCAGGGAGUGGCAGUAUGUCGGCGCCACAUUACUGGCAGUGGCAGCACUGGACACGACCGUCUUUGGCUUCAGCUCCGGCACACUCUUCGGGAUGGACGGCUUCGCUCUACGAGCGCUCACAGUCUCCGCCAUCGCGUCCGCGCUAGGUCUUGCGCUCGAUGCAGGCUUACUAUUCUUCUACCUCGGCGCGGACGCACAGAAGUUCACGGCCCUCGCUCAAUCGAUGUACCCAUCCUACUUCUACUUCGCCCUCACAUCCCGCCUCCCACUCUUCUCAGCACUCAUCUCCCUCCUCGCCCUAGCCGCAUUCCUCCUAGCAGUCGCAUUCGCUGCAUGGCCCUCAGCUGUGCUGGCAGCAUGCGGAGUUUCAGGCAUACUCGUCGGCCUGCAAUACGUCGUCAAAGCCGGUGAACUUGUCGGGCGGGCUGUGGGGAGCGGUGUGCGGGGUGUGCGCGGGAUUGCAUUUGUGUAUGCCGCGCGGGAAGAUGCUGAGGCGCGGUCGCCGUCUAGCACGGGGGCAGAGAUGGCUGCUCCGGGUGUUGCGGUGCCUGCGAGGGCGGGUGGGGCGCCGCCUAGGCCGCCGAGGGCGCCUGAGCGGGGGAGGACGGGGCAGAGUGUUGAUGUAAGGGAGACGAGGGAGGGUGUGUGGGUCGAUUGUCGGCCGGGUUCGGGUGCAUGA